GACUGGAUAGCUCAUUGGCCACCAGGACUGAAGUCGCCAUCGGCCAUCUUGAUACUCCCAAAACAAGCAUGGCGACCUGUGCGUUAAUCGCAUCGUUUCCUGGCUGUGAGAAAACAUUCCGCAGUUGAACAAGCGAAGGAGUCAAAAGACGGCCGAGACGACGCUUUGACGGAGGCGCGGGGCAGCCUCUCGCCAUCGUUGUUGGUCUUGGGCGGUGACCCUCAGCGGCCUGCCGACGUGGCGCAGCCGAACUUGGAGGCGCCGCCGGCCGGUUCGAGGCACCCGACGGACCACCAUGUCGCAGUCCGCCCCCUCCGAAGCGGAGACCGUCCCGCCGGACUCCGACCUCACCUGCUCCGACCCCGCGGCGCCCGCCGAAGUCGGCCGACUCCCGGAGACCGCCGCGGGGCCGAGCGUGGACACCGGAGAGACCGCGACUUCCUCCGGGAGUCCGGUGGAACUCCAGGGUCAGCUGACUGAAUGCGACCAAUCGGUGAGCCUGGAGACGGACCCUGCGGACGACCCCAAGGACGGGGACGAGGGCGGCGAUGCGGCUUGGACCGGUUGGGGUUCGUGGGGCAAAUCCCUUCUGAGCGGCGCCACCUCCACAGUGGGUCACCGUCUGACGUCGGUGAAGGCGAAGGCGGGGGAAGCCCUGCGUCUGGGCAGGGCGGCGCCGGGGGAGGAGGGCGGAGAGGAGGGGCCGGAGGCCGGAGGGGAAAGCGGCCUCGGCGAGUCCGUCCCUCCCUCCGACAGGGGCGUCUUCUCCGCCAUCUCCGACGCUGUGCACAAUACGGGCAAAUCCGUGAUCAGCGGCGGUCUGGACGCUUUGGAAUUCAUCGGCAAGAAGACCAUGACCGUGCUGGCGGAGAGCGAUCCCGGUUUCAAGAAGACCAAGACGCUGAUGGAGAAGACGGCCACGCUCAGUCAGAUGUUGAGGGAAGCCAAGGAGAAGGAGCGAGCGCGCCUGAGCGAGCGGCCCGUCAGCGCGCCGACGGCGCAUUACGGGAUCCUCUUCGACGACUACCAGGGCUUGUCCCACCUGGAGGCCCUCGAGAUCCUGUCCAACGAGAGCGAGGCCAAGGUCCAAGCCUUCCUCUCCUCCCUGGAGGGGGACGAGCAGGAGGAGGCCAAGCAGGAGCUCAUUUCCAUCAAGGAGGUCUUUGUCGGCAGCGAGGAAGGAAAGGGGGAGCAGGAGCAGGAGCAGGGGCAGGGGCAGGAGCAGGAGGAGCGCCGCGACGGAGAGCCGGCGACGGAAGCCGGUGGAGAGUUUGUGGGCGUUGUCACCGAGUUGCUCUUUGAACUUCAUAUCGCGGCCACGCCAGACAAACUCAAUAAGGCCCGGAUGAGCGCCCACCGUUGGGUGGGCGAGGUGGUGCAGCCCGUCGCCACGGAGACGGUUGGCAAGGAGACGUGCGAGGAGGAGGAGGAGGAAGAAGAUGGAGUUGCUCGGGAGGGAAAGGAGGAGGAAGAGGACGGGCUGAAAUCUGCCGAGGUCAGGGGUCACCGGCGCGGCGGCACGCGGAAACGGAAUCCGGCGUUCGAUGGGCGUUUUGUUCCGCAGGACGUCUACUCGGCGUCGGUCGGCAGUCUGGCGGAAGUCGCGGCCCGGAGCAUCGAGCAGCUCCACAAGGCGGCCGAGCUCGUCCUCCACGGAGACGAGCAGGACAAACCGGCGGGGGAGCGGGCCCGCGUCCUCGCCAGGUUGACGCGCGCCAUGUGCGAGGAGGUGGAGCGUUUGGCCGGAAAGUUCUCUGACGCGCUGCUCCUGGUCGGGAGUCAGAGGAAAGCCGAGGAGCUGAGUCCGCUGGUCGACGGGGUUCUGGUGGAGGCCUCCAACAGCACCAACUACAUCCAGAACGCCUUCCAGCUUCUGCUGCCCGUCUUGCAGGUUUCGCACGUCCAGAGCCGACGCCGGGCAACCUGCGCAGAACCACACGUGCGGCACUAACGCACGAGCGCACACGAUUUAUUGUACAGAAACGCUAAAAAGCUCGGAAGUGUUUAUUUACGCAAGGUUAACAGGCAGCCCGUUGGCGUCGCUGACCGCGUUUCGCCCAGUGCUGAAUACAAACAUGAGAAGUGAGUUUGUGGGGAUGAAUCAAGAAAUGAGAUCCGUUUCUAUGUUUUUAUGACAAAGGUUAUGAAUCUCAUGCUACAACCGUUGGCAACUCGCAAUGAAAUAGCAGACGGAGAUGCAAAGAGCAUCUUGAAUAUUUUGUCAUCGAUCUGCAAAAUUCAGGGCGUGACGCACCGUUUAUUUAAACCUCUAAAACCAAAACAUCUGGACGUCAUUAAAAAAAGUUCACCCGAUCCAGCAAAACUCAUGAGAAAUUUGGAUUCUGCAUAUUAGAAUAGUUUGAAAUUGAAAAAAACAAAACAAUUUGUUGUUGACCAGUUUAAUCAUUUCCAAAAACUCAUCUUAACCAAAAUGUGUUGGUGUUUACAUUAAUAUAUUUUUGAAAAAUACGAUCGCCACUCUUUGCAGCGCAUUCCACUGACUGACAAGAAAUGUUUUGUUUUUUUUCCAAAAAUGACAUCUUUUAUAUUUAAAUUGUAGAACAGAAAGUAUAACUAUCAAAUAAAUGCUCUGAUGAGAUCAUCUUUUA